CAAACCUACUCAUUUUUUUGCUCUGAUAUCUAAAUUUAAAGAACCCUAAACACAAUCUUUCACCAUAAUGAGUUUUCAAAUAUUUUGGCUAUUUCGCCUAACUCUCAUCGUAACAUUCAUCUCCCAUGGCUCGUGUUUUCCAGACCAAGCUGGAUAUUAUAGUUUUAUGAAAGAUGCAACAUUCGCACCAAUGUUUGCUCGGUUCGAUUACAUAAUCAUCGGAGGAGGAACCUCAGGCUGCUCCUUAGCCGCAACGCUAUCUCAAAACGCUACCGUUUUGCUUCUUGAACGCGGCGGCUCGCCUUACGAUAACCCGGCGGCGACAGAUAUCGGAAACUUCGCGACCACUCUCUCAAACACAUCACCAAAAUCGUGGUCGCAGCUUUUUGUCUCCGAGGACGGCGUUUACAACACACGUGCGCGCGUCCUCGGCGGCGGCUCGGUGCUAAACGCGGGUUUCUACACACGUGCGGGAGAAGAGUACGUGAAGGAAGCUGAGUGGAAUAGUGACGAAGUUGAAGCUGCUUACGAGUGGGUAGAGAAGAAAGUAGCGUUUCAACCGCCGGUGAUGGGAUGGCAAACGGCGUUGAAAGAUGGGCUUUUGGAGGCUGGAGAGUUUCCUUACAACGGCUUCACUUACGAUCAUAUAUAUGGGACCAAGAUCGGCGGUACGAUCUUUGACCGUGCCGGUCAUAGACACACGGCGGCGAAUCUGUUGGAGUAUGCUAAUCCGGACACUAUUUCUGUCUAUUUGCAUGCUUCUGUUCACAAGAUCCUCUUCACAACAAAAGGAAGACCUAGGCCAAAAGCAUACGGAGUGAUAUUUCAAGACGCAAAUGGAGUGUUACACAAGGCAGAGCUGGCGAAAAACGCAAUGAACGAAGUGAUUUUGUCCGCAGGCGCCAUCGGGAGCCCGCAGCUGCUGAUGCUGAGCGGCGUGGGUCCUAUGGCUCAUCUCGCGACUCACGGGAUCAGUCCGGUGGUCUUAGAUCAUCCAAUGGUUGGGCAAGGGAUGGGAGAUAAUCCUAUGAAUGCUAUCUUUAUUCCUUCUCCAACCCCUGUGGAGGUUUCUCUAAUACAAGUCGUUGGGAUCACAAAGUUUGAAAGUUACAUCGAAGGAGCAAGCGGCGUAAUCUUCUCUUAUAGUUGGACUCGUAAUUUUUUUGAUGGUGUUUUGAAUUAUCUCAACGAGAUGCAGACAAGCCGUACUACUACAUCUACAACACCAACACUCUCGACUCAAUCAAUCACAGAUUUUUUCAAGUCCAUUGAUCCAUUACUGAAUGCGACCACAAAAGCCGGUUUGAUCCUCCAGAAAGUCGCGGGACCGGUCUCAAGAGGUCACUUGGAGCUUAGGAACACAAACCCUAAUGAUAACCCUUCAGUGAGAUUCAACUACUAUCAAGAGCCAGAGGAUCUAGAGAAAUGUGUUGAAGGGAUUAGCACCAUUAUUAAAGUGAUUAACUCAAAGGCAUUUUCCAAAUUCAAGUACCCGGACGCGACCAUACAUGGCCUGCUCGAUCUUAUACUUAGCGUUCCCACCAAUCUAAGGCCAAGGCAUGUAGCCUCGGUGUUUAACUUAAAGCAGUUUUGCAUUGACACUGUGAUGACUAUUUGGCAUUACCAUGGAGGUUGCCAAGUUGGAAGAGUAGUUGACAAGAAUUACAGAGUUUUAGGUAUUAAUUCUUUGAGGGUUAUUGAUGGAUCAACAUUUCUUAAGUCCCCGGGGACUAAUCCGCAAGCUACGGUCAUGAUGCUGGGAAGGUAUAUGGGCCAGAAGAUUCUUCGAGAGAGGGCGACUUUCCGAAAAAAGGAUGAAGAAGCAUGAUAUUUUUACUUUGAUAUAUAUAUAUGCUAAAAUUAAACAAAUCUUGAACUUGGAAUUGUUUGAAUUAAUGUAUGAUGAACUAAGAUAGUCUGAAUGUGUACAUCGGUCCAUGUUCUGUUUCUUUUAUGUAUAAUAAUGGUGGAAUCUUUGAAAUUCAGAUGAAUUUUGUCUAUCCUUAUGAUUAAUCGGAGUCUAUACG